AUGCCACCUGCGUGUGAGAGAGCUGUUCGUUUGAGCAAAAGUGCUGAAAUUUUAAGCGUUUCUGCGGCUGCUUCCGGGGGUUGGCAGAACGAAUUAUGUCUAGGCUCUUGCCUAGGCACUGCCGCCUUAGGCUUCAUCGUCGUCAAGAACAGCAUGCAGUGCCUCAUAGCCAAGCAGUACCUGCUGCAGGCUUCUACACUGCUCAUGGGUGCUUCCUUAUUGGCCUUCAUUUCUUUAAGAGACUAUAGCGGAUACGUCCUCUUCGUCUGCAUAUAUGGUUUCUUCUAUGGUGGAUAUCAAUACUCCCUGAAGACUUUCACUUUUGAAAAAGUCAGGGCGAGGAAUUUUGCAAGAGCUUGGAGUUUCGUGCAAUGUAGUCAGGCUAUACCCAUGAUCAUUGGGCUGCCGCUGACAGGUUAUUUGAAUGCCAACAGCGGUGGCCGAGUGGGCUUCUAUUUUGCUUCGGCUUGUAUUUGUGCCGGUGGCGUCUUGCUGUUCCUAAUAGACGUGCACAAGCGUAACGUCAAGCGUCAGAAGAGUGCUACACUAAAUUCCAACUACGAUCCGACCGAAAGUGAACGAAAAGAACGCAAAGCGGCUUACUACGCGAGGCGCGUGUCUCUCCAAGAGCUCGCCAACGCGAGAAUGCUCGCCAAGCAGCACAUCGCCAAUGAGUUGCUGCACAAGCAGGAGCUUACGUGUAUUUCCGAAGAAGCCAUUAUGGAGAACUUUCUGGACGACUACGUCGAUGACUGUAUCACCUCCUGUAAUAAAGAGGAGAAGUACCUCAUGCUGAGUGAGUUCGAAAACAACUUGAUAAACACUCAAGAAUCUUCGAGUGUCAGUCAAGAAGUUCGAAAACUCGCCAAGGAGCGUAAAGUAUCCACCGUGACUCCUCCUUGCCUGGAACAGUGCCCUAAUUGCUUUCGAGUCGUUGCGAUAGAUGGCAGCACGAGUCUUGAGAAAACUCAUGUGUCUCGGUCGUCUGCGAAGAAGCUGACUGCUUCGAGGAGAAAAGAUAACAAAACUUCGGAUUGCCACGAAAUUCUAAAUCAAGUCACAUCAACUUUAUAA